CCGACGAACGGUUAUGGAUCAGCACAGGCAAGUUGUGCCCGCGAGUUGCGAGAACAUCAUCCGCAAAUCCCCGAGGUGUCGCAUACAGGCUGUUACGUCGCGACGGCGACGAAGGGUGAGUCUGUUGGUCGCUCAUGGCUUCUGUACGGAAUAAAUUAAGGAUUCGUGCAAAGUCCGGCGGGAGUUGCGACGCAGUAUUCGAAAAUUCUUUCCGUUUUUGAUUCGGCGUAUAGCAUUAUCCAAUUGUUGUUAUCAAAGAGGAGGUGGGCGACAAAUCUUUCAAUUGCCCAAUUGAAAAGAAAAGGGCAAAUAGUUAUAAUGAGUUCUUUUCGUGGGGUAAAAAACAGCAGGGUUUCCCGCAUUUGUCGCUUUCCAUCCGGCAGGGCCGGCCGCUUUCGCGAAGCUUUCUGCCGACUUUCGGCUCGCACCGCCUUGAGACUCAACCUAGACCUGAAAUGGAUGCUAAGCUUGGAUCCCACCAAGCACAACAACAUUGCUCAAUCGUCACAUUUACCACCUUCUAGAGACUCUAAAAACGUUACUAACCGGUUCCUCGUAAUCAUGCUAGUACUUAUCUUAUCGUACAUUCGUUUAUCCCAAUUCAUAACAAAAAAGAGAAAGAAAACGCCAUGCCAUCCUCUCAAAAUCGAUAGUGUAAAAAAGACGACCAGAUGGGUCAUCGAUGGGGUGCAAGACUGAAUGUAAUUGAGUGCCGUGAUACUGGUGGUAAUGCACC